AUGUACCCGGACCUAUUCGAAGGAUUCAGAUUAAAAAAUCAGGACUUGAUGAAAUAUGAUACGUCGUUGGUCUCGUUUGAUGGAAGGGUGGUGAUUGUCGAGGGUAAAAUUUCCCUUCAUGUAAAUAUGGAACGUAAGGAAGUGAUGGUGACCUUUAUAGUAGUUAAAUCAUUCUCCCCAUACACGGCGAUCCUGGGAAGGCCGUGGAUUCAUGCAAUGGGAGUUGUUCCAUCCACCUUGCACGUGAAGGUUAAAUUUCCUACCGAACAAGGCGUUGCCAUAGUACGAGGAAGCCAGCAAGUGGCUAGGCAAUGCCUAGUUGCCACAGUUAGUUGGAAGGGCAAGCAGGCUGAACAAAAGGAAACCACUAAGGAGACAUCUUUGUAUUUUCAAAUAGGAACGAGCAUGAAGAACCAAGAUAAGGUAGAAAUGUUGUUAUUCCUUAUGCAGAACGUGAAUGCUUUUGCAUGGAGUUUGUACGAAGUACCUGGGGUGGACCCUGAUUUCAUUGUCCAUAAGUUUAAUGUGGACCCAUCAUUCCACCCAAAGAAGCAGAAGCUAAGGAGAGCGGCCAAUGAGCAUGUUGACGCGGUAAAGUUGGAAGUCCAAAGGUUGAAGGAAGCUGGGGUGAUAAGGGAGAUCUUCUUGUCAGAAUGGCUAGUAAAUACUGUGGUAGUGAAGAAGAAGAAUGGCAAGUGGAGGGUUUGUGUAGAUUUCACAGACUUAAACCGGGCAUGCCUGAAAGAUCCGUUCCCUAUGCCGAAGAUCGACCAAUUGGUAGAUGCCACAUACGGAUACCCAAGGAUGAGCUUCUUGGAUGUCUUUCAAGGGUAUCAUCAGAUUGCCCUGGCACCUGAGGACUGA